UGAAAAAUUUAAGAAAAACUAAAAAAAAUGAUCAAUGUUACCCCGGAUUACGGUACCAUAAAACUAGUCCUUAAAUUUAUUUGGUUAUGUCAACUAAGUCCUCAAAUCUUUUCUCAACUUAUCGAACCAAGAUUGACAUGUAAUUGUAUGCAAGUUGAAAUUGUAUUGCUCCAAGAAAUCAUUCAUUUCAAAUGAAGAAAAAAUCAUAACAUUAGAAAUUUAAAAAGCCUUCUAAUUGACGCACAAUUUAAAACCGGAAAAAAUAAUUACAAUACCAGGAAAAAGUCUGGAAACUAAAAAUAGGGUUCCAAUGGUCUACAGGGUAGCCAUAUUCAUUUCAUUUCCCCAUGAAACAUAAAGUAAAAUACAAAUUUAUCGGCAAAUACAUCUCUUUUACAGCUAUUUUUAAAUUCUGAGUCAGUUCACAUAAUUUUAACUUUUUCAAAGGUAUUCGGCAAUUCAUCAAACAAGAAUUUGAUUUGAAGCCCCUCGUGCCAUGGAAUGCAAUGAUAGAACACCGCAAAUCAAUAAUACCGUCAUUUUCAAGUCCAAACUGGGAAAAAGGAUGCCUGUCGUGUAGUAUACCCAUUCGUAACCUAAUAAAAAAUUAUGUGAGAAGAAUAAUGGAACUUCCAACUAUAAGAUCAAGGCUAAAUUACAUUGCAAAUUCCUUAAAACCCCCAGUCGUAAUUGACUGCUUAAUGAGGAUUGCUGGGGGUCUGGAUUCAGCAACUGGAAUUUCUCAGUACAACCAGGGCAGUAUUCUCGGUAGCGACGAUUCCCCCCUAUCAGAAAAUUUUAUGUGUUUACAAUUAAUAACUAGUUCUGGGGAAGAAAUUUACAACAAUCCUAACCCGCAAUCAGAUUUCUACUGCCGUACAAGAUCACUAAGCUGGACUAAAGAGACCGAUGCGAUCACAUUGGAAAUGUUCACCAAAUUUUAUGAAGAGGUAAAUGGAAUAAAAACUAACCCCGUGAUUAUCACUGUGGAUAAUAUUCGUCUUCAAAUAACUGCAGAAGCGGUAUAUUCUGUGAUAGACGACAAAGCUGCUAAUGCUAUCGUCGGCAAUAAAAAUACCCACGCCUGUCCAGUGUGUAUUUCAGGACCAGAUGUAGUUAUAGGUCCAUCAUAUUUUUACUCCCGUUUGAACUCCACGGAAUGGUUGAUUCGUAACGCUGCCAAAAAGAGGAUUCCCAAUAAUCCAGCAUUGAAACAUCCGGAAGUGCAGUCAGAGCAUAGAAGAAUUUCAAACAAACUUGAAGAUCGUUUCAAAGCGCAUGUUGACCGACCAAAGCCAGGUGGUUGUGGAAGCUCGAAUAACGGAAAUCUUGCUCGCCUUCUACUCUCCGAUCCUACAGCGUUUUCUGAUAUUUUGGGAAUAAAUAGAAAAUUAGGGGGAAAAUUUAAGAAUAAUAAGCAGUUUGGCACUCUCAUCGCAAAGGCUCAAACCCGAGAAAUUUAAAAUUUUAUACGAGGAGUUAGAAAAAAAAAAACAUACUGACAGAAUUCCCUUUUAUAAAAAAGUUGCCACCUUGCUUGCAUAAGUACAAACACUUAUCGGAGUACAUCACCAAAUUGCCUUACACUAUGAAUUUUGUUGAUGAGCAGGCAGGUGAACGCAUGCACAAACGGCAUAAAUUUUCGAGGCCUAACAUAGCCCGAAAAACAACUCCGGAAGAUAACAUGUACGAUAUUAUAGUUGCAGCUUUGGCGUGGUCUGACAUCAAAAUAUCGUACACUACGUUUAAAAAACGACGAAAUUGCAACGCUAAUGAAGACCAUGAUAUUGAUUUGGCGCAAUAUUAUGAAGGUCAUCAAACGGAGAUCGAAAACAAGGUAUCAGCAUAAACGGAUGAGGAAAGCUCUGAAGAAUUGUCUAGCGAAGAGAGUUCAAUGUCUGAUAACGAAAGACGAGCGUCAUUUUUGUUUUAUUUUUUUUGUCAAUGUUUGUUAAAAAUUGUUGAUUUUUCUUCGUUAGUAUUUGAUUUUUAAAGUUUUUUUUGUAUUUUUGUUUAUUAACGUUUAUUGUUUAAUUGUUCAUACUUGAUUAAUGUUAUAGGCAUAAGAAAUGUGGCUAGAAUUCUUAAAAAUAACAAUAAGAAAUAAAAGAUAAAUAUUUUGUUUCCAUUCUCACAUUUCAUAUAUUUUUUUUCUAUGUAGCAUUUACAUAAUAUGUUAUUCUUUGAGUACCAAUCGGAAUUUUUGGAACAACCAGUUUACGAAUUGGUAAUUCAGUUUUUUUUUAUCAUAAAUAUGUCUCAAGAGGGGCAUCAUAUAAGAGAUUGAAGGAAUACCAUUGAAAGUUUUAAAUAACUACCUUUUACAGGACGGACAAGAAGAACAACA